AUGAUUUACGAGUAUCUUGAAGGCGAAAACUCCAAGUGGAAGCCUUAUUUCGAUGUUCUUCCUUCGUCAUUUGAUACGCCCAUGUUUUGGUCCGACAAUGAGCUUGACCAGCUUCAGGCCAGUCAUAUGCGACACAAGAUCGGCAAAGCUGAGGCUGGAAAUAUGUUCCAAAAGACGCUUCUCCCCAUUAUUCGAAGCAAUUCUGAGAUUUUCAACGCCGGAAACAAGACUGAUGCAGAGCUUAUUGAGAUUGCCCACCGAAUGGGCAGCACCAUCAUGGCGUAUGCUUUCGAUCUUGAGAACGACGAGGAAGAGGAGGAGGAGGCUGAUGGUUGGGUGGAAGACCGAGACGGAAAGUCGAUGACGGGAAUGGUACCAAUGGCGGAUAUUCUGAAUGCGGACGCCGAAUUCAAUGCUCACGUCAACCACGAAGAGGAGAGUCUCACCGUGACCAGCUUGAGGCACAUCAAGGCGGGUGAAGAGAUUCUCAACUACUAUGGCCCUCACCCGAACUCGGAGCUCCUAAGAAGAUACGGAUACGUUACCGAGAAGCAUUCUCGUUAUGAUGUUGUCGAGAUUCCUUGGGACAUUGUCGAGUCAGCUCUGACCGCCAACUUUGGCAUCCCAAGUCAAGUCUUGGAGCAGAUUCGUGGCGCUCUUGAAGAGGACGAAGAAUUUGAAGACACAUUCGUUCUGGAGCGAGAAACAGGUGAGGUCAACUCGGAUGGCACCUUUGCCGAGUCUGCUCGGUUUGAAAGCAUGCCCGAAGAUCUCCAAGAACAACUCAAGACAUUCCUCAAAGGCAUCAAGAAAGCACAACCUGAUGCUAUCCCCGACAAGCGAAAGAGAGACGAGAUCCACCAAGCUGUUCUGGCCAAGACAUUGGAGGCUCUCGUAGCAAGAUACCCGACAAGCAUUUCCGAGGACGAGGCUCUACUCAAGCAAGACCUCAACCAACGAACUCGCAUGGCUAUUGCCGUCAGGCUUGGAGAAAAGAAACUACUUCAAGAAGCAAUUGCCGCAUCUUCUGGAGACGUUGAGAUGACAAUGGACGACGAAUCUGGACCAGCCAAGCGUGCAAAGCGUUGA